CAGCGGCGGGGAGGGCGGCUCCGCUCCGGUCGGCUCGGCUCGCCUUUGCCCGCGCCCAGCCCUGCGCGGGGGGAGCCGCCGACCGCCGCCGCCGCUCUGUCUUUGUGGCCGCGGCUGCCGCCUCACCGCCGUGGGGACGCCCGCUGCGCCGCGACUGCCGAGGAGGUCGCUGCUGCUGUGGCGUAGCCGGGAGAGGUUGGCGGGGAGGCGAGUCCCGGCGCAGCGGCAGCCAUGGGACUGCAGCCCCUGGAGUUCAGCGACUGCUACCUGGACAGCCCCUGGUUCAGGGAGCGGGUGCGAGCCCACGAGGCCGAACUGGAGAAGACCAAUAAGUUUAUCAAGGAGUUGCUCAAGGAUGGGAAAAAUCUGAUCGCCGCGACCAAAAACCUUUCAGCAGCCCAGAGAAAAUUUGCCCAUUCUCUGAGAGACUUUAAAUUUGAAUUUAUUGGUGAUGCAGAGACAGAUGAUGAAAGAUACAUAGAUGCAUCACUUCAUGAGUUUUCAAACUUUUUAAAAAAUCUGGAAGAACAAAGAGAAAUUUUGGCACUCAGUGUUACUGAAACUCUGAUCAAACCUUUGGAAAGAUUUAGGAAAGAGCAGCUAGGAGCUGUAAAGGAGGAAAAAAAGAAGUUUGAUAAAGAGACAGAGAAGAACUACAGUUUGUUAGAAAAGCAUUUGAAUUUAUCAGCUAAGAAGAAAGAGCUACAAUUACAAGAGGCAGAUAACCAAGUGGAGCAGAAUAGAAAACACUUCUAUGAGCUGUCACUGGAGUACGUAUGCAAGUUGCAAGAGAUACAGGAGCGGAAGAAAUUUGAGUGUGUGGAACCUGUGCUAUCAUUUUUUCAGGGUUUGUUCACUUUCUAUCAUCAGGGAUAUGAACUUGCUAAAGACUUCAAUCAUUACAAGAUGGCCUUGCAGAUAAAUAUACAAAAUACACGAAAUCGUUUUGAAGGAACAAGGUCAGAGGUAGAGGAGCUCAUGAACAAGAUCAGAAGAAAUCCUCAGGAACAUAAAAGAGCAAAUCACUUCACGAUGGAAGGCUAUCUCUAUGUACAGGAAAAAAGGCCUGCUCCCUUUGGUUCCAGCUGGGUGAAGCACUAUUGCAUGUAUAGGAAAGAGACAAAGAAGUUCACCAUGAUCCCAUUUGAACACAGAUCAGGAGGGAAAGUUGGCGAUGAGGAACUCUUUGUCCUUACGUAUUGUACCAAAAGAAAUACAGAUACUAUAGACAGGCGAUUCUGUUUUGACUUAGAAGCUUCAGACAGGCCUGGAGUUCCUGUGACCAUGCAGGCGUUUUCUGAGGAAGACAGGAAGCUGUGGAUGGAAGCCUUGGAUGGAAAAGAAGCUCUGUUCAUCAAUUUGAAUAGAGCAAAUGCAAAACGAGAGGGAAGUGCGCAAUUGGAUAAGAUAGGGUUCACUGUCAUCAAAAAGUGCAUCAGUGCUGUUGAAACACGAGGUAUAAAUGACCAAGGAUUGUACAGAGUUGUGGGGGUGAGUUCAAAGGUCCAGAGACUUCUGAGUUUGUUGAUGGAUGCCAAAACCUGCAAUGAAGUUGACCUGGAAAACUCUGUAGACUGGGAAGUGAAGACAAUUACUAGUGCUAUGAAGCAGUAUCUGCGAAGCCUUCCAGAGCCACUGAUGACAUACGAGUUGCAUGGAGAAUUCAUCGUUCCCGCCAAAAGUGGGAGUCCUGAAUCUCGAGUUAAUGCUGUUCACUUCUUGGUCCAUAAACUCCCAGAAAAGAACAAAGAUAUGCUGGAAAUUUUGGUGAAACAUUUAGCGAAUGUUUCAAAGCAUGCCAAGAAGAAUCUAAUGACUGUGGCAAAUCUAGGGGUAGUAUUUGGACCAACCUUAAUGAGGCCACAGGAAGAAACUGUAGCAGCCAUCAUGGACCUGAAGUUUCAGAAUAUCGUUGUUGAAAUCCUGAUAGAAAAUCAUGAGAAGAUUUUCAAAACCCUGCCUGAUGCCACUUUCCCUGAGCCAAUCUCAAUGUCAGUAUCUCCUCCAAAUGCCCCACCAAGGCAGUCAAGAAGACAAGGACAACGUAUUAAGAGGCCUCUGGCUGUUUACAAUCUUUGUCUUGAGCUGGAUGAUGCUGACAGUCACAGCUCUCCCAGAGAAGACACCCCAACCGGGAGCAUGGAUUCUCUUUCUUCCCAGUCUCCGACACCUGCCUUCUCUAGUAGCCCCCCUGGGCUCCUGGAUGGAAAUCACCUUAUUAUGGACAGUGGUGAUCUUGCAGGCUGGACAACAAAUCUUCCUGGUCAAAGCCGCCCGUCGAUGGUCUCAUGGAUGAAUACUCCAUCUGCUAACCCAGCUGCCAGAAAUACUGCACCAUCCACUUUCUUCUUCCCUAACCCUGCCACUGGGAGUGACAGAGCAGUGGAAAGCAUUGCUCACCGAAAAGCAAGAGCAGUUUAUCCCUGUGAAGCAGAACAUAGCUCUGAAUUAUCAUUUCAGAUAGGAGCAAUUUUUGAAGAUGUGCAAUUUUCCAGAGAACCAGGAUGGCUAGAAGGCACACUAAAUGGCAAGAGAGGACUUAUUCCACAAAAUUAUGUUCAGUUUUUAUAGCUUUGUGCAUUGAACGCCAAGAAGGUGUACAUGGUAUCCAUGGAUUUUUGUUAUAGUCACUUCUCUCCACUUUGUGACUGCUUUUAAUCAACAAAGAGCCUGACUAUGGGUUGAAGAUCCUAAUCUGUAUAAAGACAUUAAGUGUUGCCAAAUAUGAAUUACAAAAAAAGAUUCUUUAAGGGUUGCAAUGGGGGGGGACGGGACAAGAAAGGGGGAUGGAAGGAUAGGUUAAUUUUUUACUAGGGUGCUUUUUUUCAAUUGUAAAGAGCAGUAGUGGUAUGUUUGUUUGCAAUGCAACUAGCAUUUUAAGUCAAGUAUUUGGUUGAUCUGUGACUCAACUAUCAGCUGAAGAUUUUUAUAAACUUAGUGUCCUGGAGAUCAUGAAUCGAUAACCAGCAUUUUUAACAGAAUAUUAUUUGGGUUUGGAAAAUACUGUUAGUUAAGAAAAGCUAUCAUGCUGACAAUUAAAUUAUGUUUCAAAGUGGAAUAGACAGUACGGAACACACACCAGUAAGUAAAAUAAUAGGUAUCAAGACGUGACAUUUUUCAAAUGUCUUCAAAGAAUACAUUCAUUUAUGUUGUGUGUAUGAUUUCAUUUAUUUUAUGAAGAUAAGACACAUGAACUUUUAUCACAGGCUCCUAUAUGUCAUGGUUCCUUUGCUACUCAAAAAUAUCACUGUAAAUGAAAUAAAACGUCAUUUGCUAUUUGACCUAA